GGAAGUGAGGCCCGGGCAGUCCGCCUGCCGGCGCCAUGAGGUUGUCGCGGCUGAAGCUCCGGUCGGUUUUCGUCAUUUAUUUCCUGGUCUCGGUCCUGGGCCUGAUGUACGCGCUGCUGCAGCUUGGUCAACCGUGUGACUGCACACCACAAAUGAAGUCAGCAAACGAUCUCGUUAGGCAGAAGGACCAGAAAAUGCUGCAUCUCCAGGCUGAAGUGAAGAAAUUGCAGAGGCAACUGAAAGCAGAGGAGGUGGCAGCAGAUGGACAGCCUCUGCCAACCAUUUAUGCCAUCACGCCAACACACACCAGACUGGUGCAGAAAGCUGAGCUGGUCCGUCUCUCCCAGACCUUCCUACAUGUGAAGAAGUUCCACUGGAUUGUGGUGGAAGAUGCUGCCAAUCGUUCCAAGCUGGUGGCUGACCUCCUGGCACAGAGCGGCUUGCCCUACACCCACCUCAGCUUACCGACACCCACCAUCUACAAGCUGAAGGACAGUGAUCCCAACUGGCUGAAGCCUCGGGGCGUGGAGCAGAGGAACCUGGGCAUCCAGUGGCUGCGGGAAAACCGGGAGCUCAGCGAGGAGGCUGUGGUCUACUUUGCAGAUGAUGACAACACCUACAGCUUGAAGUUGUUUGAUGAGAUGCGCUGGACGAAGCAUGUUUCGGUUUGGCCAGUGGGACUUGUUGGGGGCUUACGUUUUGAGAGGCCGCUGGUGGAGAACGGGAAGGUGGUUGGGUUUUACACGGCCUGGAAACCAAACCGGCCUUUCCCCAUGGACAUGGCAGGGUUUGCUGUGGCCUUACAGCUUCUUCUGGCUAACCGUGAGGCCAGGUUUGAUAUAAACGCAGAGCGUGGUUACCUUGAAAGCAGUUUGCUGCAAUCGCUGGUCUCCAUCGAGGAGCUUGAACCCAAGGCAGACAAUUGUAACGCAGUCCUGGUCUGGCACACACGCACAGAGAAGCCAAAGUUGAAGCAGGAGGACAUGCUUCAGAAAGAGGGGAAAGGAUCGGAUGCCCGCAUCGAGGUCUGAGCUGGACAAACAGGAGCUGGACAGAAAGGAAGGAGAGCCUCGCUUUGCUAACCAUCCAAGUGCUGGGUGGUGGGAAGGCAUGAUGGCCUGCAUGAUAUGUACAGGGAGCUUCACUGCAUCCUGUUUUAAGCAGUGUAACAGGAGAGACCAUGGGGUUUAGAAGGAGCAGAGAUUCCAGCAAUUGACAUCAGGUACACCAAAUACACAGGAUCUUCGACACAAGCACAUCUUCAUCACUUAUCUUUCUGUGUUCUUACAAAAAAAAAUCCCUGUUUGUCUUAAACUCACUCUCAUGGCUGGGUGAUUUUGCUGUGCCAGCUUGUUGUGUUUCCUCUUGUGACCUGAGUUUGGGGCAUAUUCAUUGCACACAUCUGCCCGGUAAUUCUGCAGUGCGCCGUCAGCUGGAGUUCAUUGACCAGCUUGUGAUUCCAAGAGAUCUGAGGUUGGGGUUGAAAACUGUGCCACUGGCAUUAAGUCAGAGGGAGCUUUAUUCUGCGUCUCAUCUGGAGUGGCAAAGUGACAACACUUAAGCGUUUUCCCUCGUCAUUCCUAUUUUGUGUUCAAAAACAUCUUUUUAAUGAGUUCUUUCUUUGCCCCAGUUGCAGAGGGACUGGUGUCUUGUUCCUGGACGAGAAAGCUAUUGAUUUCCAGUGGAGUGUUAGGAGCAGUACACACCUCAGCUAAUGGUAUGGUUAAUUAAGAAUUCGAAAUAUAAAGGAUAGCAAUUGCUCAUUUAAAAUUUAAUGGUCACUGAAAUAUUUUGAUAAAUAAGUCCGGCCUUUAGAUGCUGCUGCUCAGGAAUAUUUCUGUAUUUCUUGAUUUGUGAUCUGGUUAUCUCUCUUUCUGUUUUCUCCAUCUCAUCCUGACCCCUCAAACACCCCACCCUGACCCUGGGAUACUGGGAAUUAAUUGGAACUUUGCAGAUUGAUAUCAAUAGAUUUUACAGAAGCCCCCUCCAGGGAUAUGGAGUUGAUCUCAUUGAAUGGUGGAGGAAGCUUAAGGGGCAGAAUGGCCGCCUCCUGCCCCAGUUUCUCUAGCCUUCGGAGACUUGCUAGACCAUCAGAGUCAGCUGAAUUGAACACCACUGUGCCAACUGGCUCAGCAUGCAGCUUAUGCUGAUCAUAAGACCCAGAGUUGUCCUGCAAUUCACUGCCAAAUGAAGCCCAAGUCCCCACUAGCAAAUAGAUGCACCCCUCAAGAUGUGUUUCUGCUCAAUUGAGCAGCUUGCCGUCUAACCUGGAUAUGAGGUGAAAGGUGAAGUUCUGUUGAAGUCAGCCUUGUUUUAUUCUUCCUGCUAGUUAGUCCAAUACUUACUACCCAUUUAUAAUUGCCCAAAAAAUGAUUGCGUGUCACCCACAUUGCUGUGUAUCUAGAGUAGGCAAGUAUGACCCAGAUGGGCAGUCCACAGUAGUUGUAUAAUUGCUAUUAGCAUAGCAUUUGAUUCUGCAUUCUUAAUGAACUCAAAAGUUCACUAUCUCCCAAAGUGGUAUUCAAACCUGUGUCACAAGAACACUAUGCUGCUGCUGCCGCCCACUAUUAACCCUGUGGCCUGAUCACCCCAAGGUGACAGUUGGGAGGUUGAAUCUAUAUUGUACUUUCCUGUUUGCUGUGCCAAUUUAUACUGUGAGCAUAUUCCAUCUGAUCCCCAUAUCCUUGUUGUAACAUUGUGUCAGAGAGUUUGGCAAUGUCGUUCAAUGGAGUAGAGCGAGAUCUGAAAUCAUUCCUUGGGCUGUCUGCCUAGACAUCUGCCUGCUUAGCUAGAAUGCCCCAGCUCUAAGAAAUUCCCAGUCUCAAUUGUGAAGUGCAGAAUCAAAUGGACCCUUCCUGCUCCAGCUUCCAUAUCCAAUCCAGAUUCAUUGAGAUAGCCCAGAUUCUGUUUCUGAGAGCUUCCAUUUCUGUUACAAGAGACAUUCCGAGCCCCAAGUUCAGAAUUUGACAGUUCCACUUGGCUGGUGCCAUCAAUGUGGUGAAGGAGAAGUUGUUACACUCUGCUGCUUUAGGUUUUUCCGACUGUGGGCAGUCAUUGAGAGACCAUUGAAAUAAAGGGAAGCUGCUGAAUAAAUUUAACACUAACCGGUUUACUAACGUGGGUUAUAAACACACCGCUGAUGGUCAUUUUUCUAAAUGGCGUGUGCGGUGGAAGCACUGUGAAUUAUGAACCACCCUCUCAGCUUUUAUUUUGUUUAUUACUUCUUGAACAUCUUGUAUUUAGUUGCAGUCAGUGUUAUGCUGCCAAGGGCUCCCAGUGAGCAGUUCAUAAAUCACUAAUAAAGGCUUCCUAUGGGAAUGAGCUACUCUAUUUGUUUCAGAUCCAUGAGAUCAUUAGCCCCUUGGCUUGCACCCUCUUAUGUUUAUUGUUUCAGUAAUUUAUGUCAGAUAAUAUAUUCACUGUGUGUCUGUUAGGACUGAGGUGGGGCAUUGGGACUAAUUGGAUAGCUCUUUCAAAGAGCUGACGCAAGUACAGUAGGCUGAUUGAUCCCCUCUCCCCAGUACUGUAAUAUUAUGUAAUUUUGUGUGUAUGUCUGUCUGUGUGUUGUGUUGGGCUAUGAGGUUUACUUGGGCUUUCUGUUGCAUCGUCUGUGCCUGUCUUUUUUUCACAUCACCUGAAAAGAAAUAUGGGUUUGCAACAACUGGAGUGCACUCUGCAAGUGUGCAGUAUUCUAUGUGGAAAGGAUGGUAAGUACAUGUGUGUAAACUUGUACAGUAGCUUUCGACACGUCCCCAUGUCUUUCACAGCUAAUGAAGUAGUUUUGAAGUCAGCUCACUGAUAGAGGAAACGUUGCUGCUAGUUUGCACACAGCAAGCUCCCACACACAUUAUGACAUUGGUUGAGCCACAUCUCAUCUGAAAAGCUGUAGGAUCCUGAAUGACAAUGCAACAUUUGCUAAGCUCUGGAGCUGGUGAGUGUGGGUUUAGAAUCUGUGAUCAGGUCUCUGGAGUGGGACUUGAACUCACAGCCCCCAGAGGCUGAGAUAUUCUCAGAAUCAUGUCUCCUUCUGUCCAGAAUGUCGUAAUUACCAUGCACUUGUACAUAAGGUUCAGCAUCUCAGGCUUGGCAUAAUGCCAUGGCUCUUUUGCUGUUCGCAUGCAAUCCGUCAGGAGAAUUUACACAGUGUAGAAGUUUCAUAGGGGUUUCAUUUUUAAUGAUUUCCUUAGUUUCAUUUAGGUCCCUGUUGAGAGCUCAUGAAAGAUUGAACAUUUGACCCUCUCUAUUCUCCUUUUACCAUCUUGAGGUUCAUCAGAACUGCACCACCCCCCUGCCCCGGGUAAGUUCCUGUUGUCUGUAAAAUCUCCUGUCAGUUGUGGUAGCCUGGAACACACUAUGCUGCUUGGUGGGGAACUGGAAGCAGAUUCAGUAGGAACUUUCAAAAUUGGAUAAAUACUUCAAAGGGAAUAAGAUUGCAGGGGAUGAUGGGGAACGGGCCCCCGUUGGCACUGAUUCUCUUUCUGAAAGUGGAUGUUAGAGCCCUCUGCAACAUGUGCUAAGUAUGUGUUAUUAUGCUGCAUCCUGAUCCCAGUCUGUGAUCAAUGCCUUUACCACGCUCCUCCUGUUUACAUGAAAACAGCUGCCCUUGAGGUUGCUUACCUUCCCAGCUUCCCACUGCUGCUGCUUCCUCCAGUUAUUGAGAGUAGCCUGGCCUCCAGUCUUCUUGGGAGAUAUUCACUGAAUCAGCAGACACUAUUGAGCUGUUUAUCAGCUGUGCCCAUGUCAUAUAGGAGUGAGGCAUGAAGCUUCGAGCUCCAUCACAGAAACUAAAACACAGAGCCUGCAAAGCUCUGAACGGAGAAAAAGGAAGUCAGCUUUGUGCUUCAUAAGUUAAAUGGGACGUGUUAACAGCAUUACCAGCCAAUAGGUGUCACUAUGUAGAUUAGUAAAUGUUCAAAAUGCUGCUGACUUUUAAUGAUGGGAAAAGACUUCCAUUUACGUAGCACCUUGCAUGUUCUCAAAAUGCCCCAGUGAAUUACUUCUGCAGGUUGGCUGUCCCUGUUCUGUCAGUAAACAUUGUACAGUGGGAUCUCGCAAGCAGAACUCAGAUGGCUUUGCAAGUUAUUCUUGAUACGGUUCAAUAAAUGGCGGCCAGGAUACUUCAAGUAACAUCCUUGCUCUUUUUCUUCCCAACGUAACGCCAUAAGGUCAUUCCCAUCAACUCAAGUGGGUACCUGGGGCCUGUUUUAGAUGCUGAAGUCUCUGGAGUGGAACCUGAAUCUACAGUCUGACUCGAGCACAAAACCCCAGGGGUGUGAUCGUAUGGUGGUAAUGUUAUUGGGUUAGUCAUUCAGAGAACUAGAUUAAGGAGAUCAAACUCCAACACAGUAGUUGAACAAUUUAAUUAAGUAAAUUGGCAGUAAAAAGCUAAUAUCAAAAUAGUGACCAUGAAACAGUCAGAUUGUUUUAAAAACCUGUCCGAUUUGCUAAUAUGCUGCAGGCAGGUUGUCUGCAGUCCUUCCCUGGUGCAACCAACUUGUGGCUGCAGACCCACAGCAAUGUGGUUCCCUCAAUUAUGUGUCAGUGUUAGCUCCUCUGUCAUCUGUGACAGUUGUCGAUGGAUUCACAUCCUACUCCAGGGCUUCAGCCUAAGACUUAAGCGUGAUAUUCUAGUGCAGUACUUGGAGUGCUACACGUUCAGAGUUGUGUUUGGGAUAAGCUUUCAAACUGAGGCUCCAUGUGCAUCUUCAGGUGGGCCUAAAGGAUCCCAUAGCACACUUCUGAAGAGAAACUGGAGAGUUCUCCUUUGUGCCCUAACCAGUAUUUAUCCUUCAAUCAGCACCAACAAGUUAUCUGAUCAUUCUGACGUUGCUGUGUGUAGGAGCUCUUCAAUUGGACUUUUUGACUUGGUCCUAAAGGAUACAUAUCUUUUUGCCCUCUUUCCCCAACACUGGCUGUUGCAGACAAGGUCAUGUAUCUUGCUGCUAGAGCUCCCUAAUGAUACUGUUCUGUCACAUUUUAUAAAGAAUGUCUUUGGCAGCGUUGCCGCAUCUUUUCUGUUACCUGUGUUCACCCUCCCACAAUCCUUUGUAGUGGGCCUGACAUAUAAACAUACUACAGACUGCAUUCACAGGCAUGAGAAUCCUAAUACAGUGGUUUUAUUGGUGAGUGAUUGUUAUUUUGACAGAGCACAGUUAUCUUGGCACCUGUGCAUGUGUUUUCAUGAUGGCAUGUGUGAAAAUAAACUUUUAAAAAUUGAAACACAUAA